UAUGAAUUAUUACCCGGGACUUUGCAUAGAUUCAACAAAAAAAAACGCCUAAAAUAUGAGUAAAAGGGCUUCGGUGAAGAUGGUAGCAGAAACAGCUAAUGCAAAGAAACCCAAACAUUGGUCCCGAGGUCUCGUGGAAUCUAUAAACGAUCCUGAAACAAUAGUGAAGAAAACCAAUAAUAUAGUUGUUAUUAAUGAUAAGUACCCAAAAGCUAAAAUACACUAUUUAGUACUACCAGAAGAUAACAUAAAUAGUAUUUAUAAGCUAAAUAGUUCACAUGUGCGUUUGUUGGAAGAGUUUGGAAAGCUUUAUGAAGAAAUUAAGGCAGAACAUAAGGAUCAUAACCUCCGAGCCGGAUUUCACGCCGUUCCAAGCAUGCAACGAUUGCACAUGCAUAUCAUCAGCACGGACAUGAUUUCUCCAUGUUUGAAAACAAAAAUUCAUUGGAAUAGUUUCACGACGAAAUUCUUUUUACCAUAUCAAGAUGUUCUAGAAGAAUUAAAAGAAAAUGGCACAAUUAAAAAGAUAACAAAUGAACAACACAAAAGUCUAAUGUCUUCUCCUCUGAAAUGCAACCAAUGUGAUCACAUAUCUAAGAAUAUGCCUCAACUUAAAGAACACUUGAUAUCUCAUGUUAAGUAGUAGUGUAUGGGAGAAUAUGCUAAUAAAAUGCUACUAAUUAUGGACUA